AUGUACUUCCCCACCAUCCUCGCCUCCGCCAUCGCCCUUGCAGGUGCUGCCUCCGCAGCAGUCGUGCCUACACACCGCUACGUCCAACUCCGUCUCUGGGGCGAACCCUCGUGUGCGAAUCUCAACCUCGGAGAAGAGGGUAUCUACGGUGACCAGGUUGGCCAGUGCAACCCAUUGGAUGAGGUUGACGUCGUUCGAUCUGUGAGCGUUGAGCGUGUCGAUGCCGGAUGCACUCUUGCUACUGUGAUUAUGGGAUCUAAGAUUCUUCUAGUGUACAUCUACAGUGAUUUGCAGUGCCAUCUUGAUAAGCACGAGGUUCCUACCGAGACUUGCUUGAGUGGUGAUAAGUACUACCGCAGCUACCAGUUGUUCUGCGAUGUCUAA